AUUGGCACUGCAAAAGGCAUAAAUUUGAUGGGAAUAGCGAUAGGAAAUGGUGCAUUGAGUCGAUUUGAACAGUUCAACUCUCUAAUGACCAUGCUUUAUUAUCGAGGAAUUUAUGGACACGAGAUGUUCUUCUGCGCCGCGCUCAAGUCCACUGUACAACGACUCUGA